UAAGAAGAGAUAAAACAGGGUUGAAAUGAUGGUAUACAUCGCUAUUGCAUAGAUCAUGAUUUUAUAACUGCCAUUUCGUAUAAAGUCAUAAGUAUGAUAUUUAUUCUCUUUGCAGUCUCUCUUUUUCAAGCGGUGACGCCCCAGUCCGAGUGCCCCCACGGGUGGACGAGGCGAGAUUCAUCAUGCUACCUGUUCGUCACCCAUGUCGCUAACGACUGGACAGAAUCAGAGUUUUUCUGUCGUCUGCUGCAUUCCAAUCUGGCGGAAAUAGAGACACAAGAGGAGGGGACGUUCCUACAAAGCCAGGCUAGAAUUCACACGCAUGAAAAUAGAGAUUCUCACGGGUUUUGGAUCGGGGGUACUGACGCUGUUGAGGAAGGGAAGUGGAUAUGGAUAACUUCUGGACACAGCUUUACCUACUCCCACUGGGCCCCUGGAUUUCCAGAUGAUUACCAUGGAAACGAGGACUGCUUGGAACUCUUUAAGGAUGAAAGAUUUCUUUGGAAUGACGAAAAAUGCGAUCACCGAAUGAGCUUUAUUUGUGAAUUAUCAUUGGUAGAGUCUACUGGCAGUCUGGUAAUCGGAAAAUGAUGAAAUAAAAAUCAUACAGUGGUUUGUUACUGCUCUGCUGAUAAUGAUCAGAA